AUGUUUUCGAUCUUCUCUUUCGGUUUGUCAAUCUGCCUUUUGUUUGGCUUGCAAAUCUCCGUUCAUUGUUUACCUAUUAAUUCAAAGCCCUUGCCGAUCAAACGUGCUGAGAAUGUCUUUAAAAGCGGUACCGGUGACCUUGAUUGGAAAAAUGAAUUGAUGGAAAAGAAGUACAAUCUCAAUGUAUUCUUCUUUAAACGAGACACCAAAGCUCCACAUUACAAUCUAAUGUUACCAUCAGCACCUCCACCGCAACCAAAACCACAACCUCGACCACAUUUCUGGCCAAAACCGCAACCAAGACCGCUUUUCAAACCAAAAUGGUCUCCGAAGCCGAUCAACCCUUGGAAACCGCAAAAACGUGAUGAAAAGCAUAAAGCUUACGGUGAAAUGUUGAAUGUCGCAGGUGUGGUUACAAGUGGAACGAGCACGUCCAUUCUAAACUGUUUACUUGAUGGAACAGUUGCCGUACCUGCCCCAACAGGUAAUCAAUCGCCAACUCGUGGAAGCACACAACCUACAACCAUUCGCAGCAGUAUAAAGAAAGAUGCAAAGUACCAUUCUGAAAAAGCAAAGAAAGCAUCGACAUCUUCUCAUGUAUGGGCAACAGCGAUAAGAGGAGACGUAGACUAUACAUCUCACAAUUUAAGCAAAGGUAAAUAUAAAGAGGCUGUUUCUGGAGUUGUAUCUGCUUGUGUCGCCGGUGUGUCCGUUCUGAGCUGUUUAUUGGCUAGUACGAUUGCCUUACCUACUCCGACUGUCAGUAAUCUUGGCUUUCCUCCUCAUGAACUGGGCACACUUGCCAUACCUGGUCCCACUAGCAGUACUCCUGGCCGACUUCUUCAUGAAAGCACCCAAUCUACAACCAGUCGCUCAGCGGCAAAAGGCAGAAAAUACCAUUCUUUCAAAGCAAAUGUAUCAGCGAUGGCUUCCCGACUUUGGGCAAGAACAGCAAAAGGAAAUGCAAGAUAUGCGAUUUAUAAUUUAGGCAAAGGUAAUUUGAGAGAAGCUGCUUCUAGUGCCGGAUCUGCUUCAAUUGCCUCACCUGCUCAGUCUGACGACCAUUCCGAGAUCAGUUAUCAAAUGAAGAAAGGUAAAACAUAUCAUUCUAAAGAGGCUUAUACGUCAUCGCAAUUGUCUAAAGAUUGGGUAAGAGGAGCAAUAGGAAACGCAAGAAUUACAGCUUAUCAUUUGAAAGAGGGUUUCCUCAAAGAAGCUGCUUAUAGCACUGCAGCUGCCUGUGGAGCCGGUAUGAAUUGUGCAAAGAAUAAAGUGAAAAGUGUUUACCAUGAUACUGCUUCCAAACUUAGCCAAGCACCCCUCUUCAAUGGUUUAAUGGAACAAAUUUUGGCAACACCUAUUCCAACUGGUAGUCGUAAUAAUUCACCCACACGUCGUCCUAGCACACCGACUCAUACAAGUGGUGGUGGUUCCUCGACUGGUCAACAAGAUGCGCCACCGGUAAAGAAUAAACAAUACCAUACAUCACGUGCAGCUACUGCAAAGGAUGAUGUUAAUAUCGUUGGAUCAUGGACAAAAGGUAUUGCGAGAGAUACCGGUAAUGCUUUUAAAAAGCACGAAUAUGGUACGGCAUUAGCUGGGGUAGGAUUGACGUGCCUGGAAGGAAUUGCUUGCGCAGCUCGCGGUAUCGGAUAUGCUCAUCACAAAAACAAAGCUAAGAAUGCUUCCCAAUAA